AAUACAGGGGUGGAUGAAUAACAAAACCCCAGUUAAUCAGAAGCUGGUGUCAGAGCAGGCAAAGAAAUAGGAGCUGCACAAUGGAGUGCUACAUCUUUUCGAUACUGCUCCUGAUCUCAACUGUGGGAUCCCUUCCUUCGACGGACAACAGAUUCUUCAUCUCGGCCCCUGGAGUGUUUCAUGUGGGUGUUAACGAGAAGGUGUUUGUCCAGAUGGGAAAGACUUAUCUCAACAAACCUGUUACUUUACACUUGGAGCGUGAGAUUGGUAAUACUAUAGUGUCCAAGAAGAAAACAACUCAAUGUACUGCGGAAGGAGAGGUCAAAACAGUUGAGCUCAUGAUAGACAGGGAAAUUUACUCAACACUGCCUCCAAGUAAAGAUCGCCCCUACCUUAUGCUGGUGGCAGAGAUUCCCUCCCUCAGUGUCAGGAGGAUGACACGUGUCCUGGUGUCAAAACACAGGGGCUACAUCUUUAUUCAGACUGACCAGCCAAUCUACAGCCCGACACAUAAAGUGAGAUACAGGAUAUUCACUCUUGACCACUCAUUCAGGCCACACGAGGAAGUGUUCCAGAUAUCAGUAUUUAAUGCUGCUGGAAACAGAGUAAUGAAGUCCCUUAGGACUGCAAAGGGAGGAAUUCUCCAAGACACAUUCCCCAUACCUGAUGUCUCUAAAAUGGGCACAUGGAAGAUUACAGCACACUAUCAAGAGGAUGAAGCAAAUGCCGUUUCCAGAGAGUUCAGAGUCCAAAAAUUUGUUUUACCAAGUUUUGAGGUGAACAUUGCAAUGGAACAGCGCUACAUUUUGCUGAAUGCUAAACAGUUUGACUUCAGCAUCUCAGCAAGGUAUUCACAUGGUGAGAAAGUAAAAGGUGCUUACCACUGCCAGUUUGGAGUGAUAAAAAAAGGCGCAAAACCUGGUCAAAAAACAAAGCCUGUCAUUAUCAGGGGACUGGAGUUGACUGGUUCGGUCCAGGAUGGAAGUGCUUCAGCUUCUCUCCAGAUAGCAGACUUACAUGCGCAGCAGAACAAAACCCUCCUCCAAUUAAUGGAAAGUGGAGCACAACUUUAUUUGGGAGUCUUCGUCAUCAACAUACAAAGCGGUGAAAUGCAAGAGGCAGAAGUUUACCUUCCUAUUAUUUCCCACAAAUACACAAUGGAUCUCUCUCGAACUCGCUCAUAUUUCCUUCCUGGAUAUCCGCUAGAUGUGGUGGUGGUCAUGCGUCUGCCAGAUGGCUCCCCAGCAGCUGGUGUGCCAGUAAACAUUGAUAUAAAACAAUCUUCAGUGGAUUCUUGGCAAGGCACCACUGACCAGGAGGGGGCGGUGUUCCCUGUGUUUAAUAUUCAGAACGUGGCUCAGAUUAUUGUUGAAGUGUCAGCAGAUGGCCUUACGCAGAGGAAAGUAAUUCAACGUGCUUCAUCUCCAAGUGGCAGCUACCUUUACCUGAGCUUUACCAACAAGUUGUUUUCUGUGGGCGAGUCACUGACUGUGAAUUACAACACCAUCAAUGGCCCAGGACGGGGUUAUAUAUAUUACAUGGUCUUAAGCCGUGGGAUCAUAAUACAAAAGGGCUCUCUUGGACUAGGUACUGCAGUUAAACACAACCUGCAGAUAACACCUGAUAUGGUGCCAUCCUUCCGUCUGAUUGGCUACUACUACAACCAGCGUGGUGACAUCAUUGCUGACUCGGUGUGGAUAGAUGUCAGGGAUGAAUGUGAGAUAAAGGUCAAGGUAGAAUCAAGAGGACCAUUUGAACCUGGAAGACGGUCCGAGCUAGACUUUGACUUACAUGGUCAGAGAGCCAGAGUGGCUUUACUGGCUGUGGAUAAAGCCAUCUACGCUCUCAAUGCCGAUAAUAAACUCACAGCCAAACAGGUGUUUUCCACCAUGCGGUCGUAUGACCUUGGUUGCUCAUAUGGUGGUGGAGCUGACUCUGAAUCUGUACUAAAAGACGCUGGCCUGUCUUUUGUAUCUCAUUCACAAUCAGCAUGGAAAAAGGAUCUUGCCUGUAAUUCACAAUCUGUACGACAAAGGCGCGCUGUAGACCUUCAACAGGAGAUGCUGACCUUAAAAUCAAACUUUUCAGAUGAAAAGCUGCAGGACUGUUGUGUUCGCGGGUUUUCUCUCAUCCCUAUGAUACGGACAUGUCAGGAUAGAGCAAAGAGAGUCUCUCUGGUGGAAGCAAAUCCUCACUGUGCAAAUGUCUUUUUAAAAUGCUGCCUUGAGGGAGAGCGUCUGAGACAAAAAAAGAUACAAGAGGACGCCCAGAACGGACUUGGCAGGACUGCAAGCACAGCUGACAUUGAAGAGUUCUUCAUGGACACUGCUGCUCAGUACAUUCGACGUUUUUUCCCUCCAAGCUUUGAAUUCAGAGAAUUUGAUGUAAAUGACAAAAGAAGGUAUUCUUUGACUCUACCUGAUUCUAUCACCACAUGGGAGAUUCAGGUCGUCACUUUGUCUCCAACCACUGGUCUCUGUGUAGUUAAGCCCUCUGAGGUCAGAGCAUUUAAGAGUGUAUUUGUGUCUCUGAGACUGCCUUACUCAGUGAAGAAAUACGAGCAACUAUCCAUUUCACCUGUUAUCUACAACUAUGGCUACGAAACACUACAGGUGGCAGUUCACAUGGAGCAAACUGAAGGACUUUGCUCCCCCAGCUCAGCCACCACUACAGCUUUUGUUAACAUUACUGUGGAGCCAGAAUCGUCCCAGUUUGUUUCCUUCAGUGCCGUCCCCAUGGUAACUGGCUCAAUACCCAUCAAAAUACGUCUCUAUGAUAUAGAGAAUGAGGUGGGAAUCGAUGGAGUUGAGAAGACUUUGAAUGUGUUGGCAGAGGGACUAGAAAAGAGAGAAGAAGAAACCAGAGUGAUUAAAUUAGAUGGGAGGAGCUCGAUGGAUUUCAAUAUUAGCGGAAAUUUACCAGAUGACAUAGUCCCCGACUCCAGCUCCAAUAUUUUCAUUUCAGUGGAAGGGGAUGGAUUUGGCAGUUCACAUGCGAAGAACCUUCUUUCCCCUAAGAAGGUUGCUGACCUGAUCGUACUGCCUACAGGAUGUUUAGAACAGACAAUGACAAGACUAGCCCCUACAGCAUCAGCCGUUCGCUACCUUGACCUGAGUGAGCAAUGGUUUAACCUGCCUGCUGGAAGCAGAGAUGAUGCUCUUGAUAAAAUUGAGCAAGGUUAUGUGAGGAUUUUAACAUACAAGAAAUCUGACGGAUCUUAUGGAGCAUGGGGCUCAGUGCCAUCUAGUAACUGGGUGACUGCCCUUGUAGUGAAAGUGCUAUCGUUGGUGGCACAGCGUCAGACAGUGGCUUUUGGACAGCAGGGCAGGAAGGCUAGGGUCGUACCAGAAGAAGAGAUCAGGCAAUCAGUCAGUUACUUGCUCUCUGUACAGAAGACUGAUGGGUCAUUUAGUGACCCAAAUCCAGUGCUACACAGAGGAGUUCUGAAAGGCAAAGACCAAGAUGCAUCCAUGACGGCUUUCAUAACUCUUGCACUGCAACGGUCCCUUCAGUUCCUGCAAACUGACCUGAGAAAUAAUGCGGAAGCAAGCAUUUCAAGAUCAACAACAUAUCUCCUUUCACACCUCGAGGAGCUUCAACAUCCCUAUGCUGUUGCCAUCACAGCCUACUGUCUGGCAGUUUGUCUGCCGCAGGGAACAGAUCAUUCAUCUGCCUGGACUAAACUUCAAGCACUGGCUACCAAAGGGAAGAAUGGCUGUUAUCUGUGGACAACUAAUGCCAGCCCACAGAAUCAAGCUCAUGCAGAUGGCAUUACAGUAGAGACUACAGCCUAUGCCCUCCUCGCUGCAGUGGAACUUGGGCAUACCAAGUGGGCAGACAAAACAGCCUGCUGGUUAACCACCCAAGAAAACUACUUUGGAGGUUUCAAAUCCUCACAGGAUACAAUCAUGGCCUUGGAAGCCCUCGCGGAGUAUGAGCUAAAGAGGUCCAUCAGUCCCGAUGCAAAUCUGAUUGUAGAAUUCACAGUCCAAGGAAGGAAAGACAUUGUAAAGCUUGCACUGGAAAAUAAGAAGGAGAAGGUGGAAACGGACCUCAAGAAAUUUUCAGGGAGCAAAAUAAAUGUGCAGUUGACAGGAAACGGCGAUACCAAGCUGAAAAUUGUAAAAGCUUACUAUCUACUGGACCCUGAGGACGAUUGUGACCAAGUGUCCAUCAGAGUCACGGUGGCGGGGAAAGUGAAGUACACUGCUAAGAUCAUAGAAAAUUAUGAGUACUAUGACGACUACGAUAACAACGAUGAGGUGGUGGAGAAGGAUGCACGAGUGCCACGAUCAGCAAUUGAGUGGUUUGAUGCUCGCACCCGAAACAGGAGAGAUGUUGAUAACGAUGUAAAGUCAGAUGAGACUCUCACCUACACAAUCUGUGUCAGUCAUAGCCCGGACAGCAAUCUCACAGGAAUGGCCAUUGCUGACAUCACACUUCUGAGUGGAUUUGAGGCUGUCACUCAGGACCUGGACAGGCUAAAAGACGAACCUGAACGGUACAUUUCCCAUUAUGAGGUCUCCUAUGGAAGAGUGCUGCUCUACUUCAAUGAGCUCUUUGAAUCAGAGGAAUGCAUUAGUUUUGAUGCUAUACAGAGAGUACCAAUUGGCCUUCUACAGCCUGCUCCAGCUGUGUUCUAUGAUUAUUAUGAACCAAACAGAAAGUGUACCGUGUUCUACUCUGCCCCCCAAAGAAGCAAUGUGGUCUCCAAACUGUGUUCAGAGGAUGUGUGCCAGUGUGCAGAAAGACCCUGUCAUAAAAUACAAAAUACAUUUCAACUGGGAAGAGGUCAAAGAAUCACAACGAAUCACCGUUUACAACAUGCUUGCUUCUACCCUACAGUAGAUUACGCAUACAUUGUUGAAGUCCUCAAUGUUUCCAUGAAGAGUAACUUUGAGCUGUACAAAAUGAAAGUAAACGAGGUCCUCAGAUCCCGUAAGUAA